AUGGUCAGUUGCCCCAUUUGCAGCAAGCAUAUACCAUUAGCGGAAAUAAAUGAACAUUUGGACCUUUGUGAGAUCAAAAACAAGAACAGGAAAGUAGAAGCUGAAAAUGACAUCCCUAGUGAUGGUGUGGCAAAGGAACAUAGUGAUAAACCAGAAAAUGUUUCAAAAGUGGAGACAGUACAUGGUUCAUCACAGCCAAUGAUUGCUGUAAACGGCGACUCCCACACAACCUCUUUAGCAUCUAUACUAACUGGCAAAAAAAAAUCAAAGGACAAACCUACUUACCAGUAUCGGCCAAGUCAGCAUCAUGAGACCUCCCCGUUAUCAUCAGUUUCCUCAUCAAAUGAGAUUAACACACCAGCUGUAAAAAGCAAGCGUCCAAUAUCAGGUGAUGAGUGCAGGGAUGACCUAAAAAGACAUAAGAAGCAAAUCAUCGAUAAUCUCAAAAUAUCCGCAAAUCUCCCCCUCUCUGAGAGAUUAAGGCCAACCGACAUUGGCGGGUACAUUGGACAGCAACACUUGGUUGGACCCCGUGGUGUGCUACGAGGGUACCUAAAGCAGGGAAGGGUACCGUCUCUCAUAUUUUGGGGUAAGCCAGGAACUGGCAAAACAACAUUAGCUAGGAUAUUGGCUAAGACUACAAAUAUGAGAUUUGUUGAGAUGAGCGGUGUCAUUAAUGGUGUGUCAGACUGUAAGAAAGUUUUCGAGGAGGCAGUAAAUGAAAUGAAAUUGACUAGGAAAUCUACUAUUAUGUUCAUUGAUGAAAUUCACAGGUUCAGUAAGAGUCAACAGGAUAUAUUUUUACAGUACGUUGAGAGGGGCAUUAUUAUACUAAUAGGCGCCACUACUGAGAAUCCGAGUUUUACGGUCAAUAAAGCCAUACUGUCCAGGUGUAAAGUGUUUACCCUCGAGAAACUAAGUAACCAUGAAAUGAGAGAAAUGGUUGGACGUGGGUUGGUGGAGAUAAAUAAGGUUCGAAAGUUGGUACACAAUACCAGUGUUCUGAAAUUAAGUGAGGAAGGAAUUGACUGGAUAAUCAGUGUUGCAGAUGGCGAUGGCAGACAAGCUCUUGGAUUUGUUGAGAUGAUAGACAUCAACUUCACCAAUACGACAGACGAAAACAAACCAGAAGAAGUCACACUUGAAGACAUCAAGGGGAUAUUGAAGAACUCCCCAAUGUUGUAUGACAGAGUUGGAGAUGCACAUUAUGACACUAUUUCUGCAUUCCACAAGUCAGUGAGAGGCUCUAAUCCAGAUGCUGCGAUGUAUUAUCUUGCGAGAAUGCUACAAGGCGGUGAAGACCCACUUUACAUAGCUAGGAGGAUGAUUCGAAUAGCAAGUGAGGAUAUUGGGGUUCUAGAUGACUCUUGUCUACCCUUUGCUGUGGCUGCCUAUCAAGCUGUCCAGAUGGUUGGUUUACCAGAAGCAGAUCUCGCCUUAGUUCACUGUGCUGUCAAGUUGUCACGAGCACCUAAAAGUGUUGAAAUUUACCGAGGCUGGAACCAAAUGAAAGCCUGGACUGCUAAUCCAGAAAUUUCAGGGGCUGAAAUCCCCUUACAUCUACGUAAUGCACCAACAAAAUUAAUGUCUGACCUGGGCUACAAAAAAGGUUAUAAAUAUCCACCUGAUUUCAAAGAUGGUAAAGUGUCAACAACAUAUUUCCCUGAUUCAGUUGGAGAACAACAAUUCCUGAAAGGGCAACAUCUUGGUGAUGCAAUCGAUCCAGACCUAUGA